AUGGGGACAGCCUCGUCCCUGGUGGACCCCGCGGCCGCGGAGGUGAUCGAGGACACGUACGGGGCGGGCGGCGGCGAGGCCUGCGAGAUCCCCGUGGAGGUGAAGCCCAAGGCCCGCCUGCUGCGCGGCUCGUUCCGCCGGGGCGCGGGCAGGGCGGCGGCGGCGGCGGCGGCGGCGGGCGCCGGGCCCGGGUCGCUGCCUCGCGCAGCCGCCGGCGGAGGGCUGCUGGGCGCCAGCUUCAAGUCCACGGGCUCGUCGGGGCCCGAGCUGGAGGACGCGGCGGCCGAGUACGAGCGGCUCAAGAAGGAGUACGACAUCUUCCGGGUCAGCAAGAACCAGGAGUUGAUGUCCAUGGGCCGCCGCGAGGCCAAGCUGGACACCGAGAACAAGCGUCUGCGGGCCGAGCUGCAGGCACUUCAAAAAACUUAUCAGAAGAUACUUCGGGAAAAGGAAAGUGCUUUGGAAGGAAAAUACCAAGCCAUGGAGAGAGCAGCGACAUUCGAACAUGACAGAGAUAAAGUUAAAAGGCAAUUCAAGAUUUUUAGGGAGACCAAAGAAAAUGAAAUUCAGGAUUUACUGAGGGCCAAGCGGGAGCUGGAGAGCAAGCUUCAGAGGCUGCAGGCUCAGGGAAUCCAAGUGUUUGAUCCUGGGGAGUCUGAUUCCGAUGACAACUGUGCAGAUGUUACCACGGCCGGGACCCAGUGUGAAUGCUGGGAUGGCGGAGCCUUGGGACGAGAGCCGUCCAUAGGCAGUAUGAUACAGCUUCAGCAGUCCUUCAGGGGCCCCGAGUUUGCGCACAGUUCUAUCGAUGUGGAAGGACCCUUUGCGAAUGUCAACCGAGAUGACUGGGAUGUUGCUGUGGCUGGUUUGCUGCAGGUUACUCCCCUGUUUUCACCUUCCCUGUGGAGUAACACAGUCAGGUGUUACCUCAUUUACACCGAUGAAACCCAACAGGAAAUGGAACUUUUCCUUAAGGACUAUUCACCUAAACUUAGAAGAAUGUGUGAGACAAUGGGAUACUUUUUCCAUGCUGUUUAUUUUCCAAUAGAUGUUGAAAACCAAUACCUUACUUUAAGAAAAUGGGAAAUUGAGAAGAGUUCUUUAGUUAUUUUAUUCGUCCAUUCAACAUUGCCAAGCCUGUUCCUGGAAGACUGUGAAGAAAUAUUUCUGAAAAACCCUGAAGGAAAACCUCGAUUAAUUUGCCAUCAUUCAGAGGAUGGGAGAGUCACUUCCGACUCUGUCCAGCAGUUGAUGGAUCGUGUUUCCAACCUCAACAAAGCCAAGAUCAUCGAUCACUCCGGAGAUCCUGCAGAGGGAGUAUAUAAGACUUACAUCUGUGUAGAGAAGAUCAUUAAACAGGACAUUCUAGGUCUGGAGAACACAGGCCUAGAGGGUAAGGACGUGGGCAGUGAAGAUUCUGUUCCCGAAGAAGAUGAUUUUGGCGACGUUCUGUGGGACAUGCAUGGCGAACAAGAGCAAAUGGAAGCAUUCCAGCAGGCCUCAAGCUCAGCCCAGGAGCUGGGGUUUGAGAAAUAUUACCAACGCCUGAACGACCUGGUGGCAGCACCGGCCCCCAUUCCUCCCCUUCUCGUUUCCGGAGGACCAGGUUCGGGAAAGUCCCUUCUUCUAUCAAAAUGGAUUCAAAUGCGCCAGAAGAAUCCCCUCAGCACCCUGAUCCUCUCGCACUUUGUUGGGAGGCCCACGUCAGCCAGCUCGGAGUCAACCUUGAUUAUCAAACGACUGACUCUAAAGUUGGUACAGCACUUUUGGGCACUUUCUGCGCUGACACUGGAGCCUGCUAAGCUUCUGGAAGAAUUUCCCCGUUGGUUGGAAAAACUGUCCACUCGUCACCAAGGCAGUAUCAUCAUCGUCAUCGAUUCCAUAGACCAGGUUCAGCAAGUUGAAAAGCACAUGAAGUGGCUGAUCGACCCUCUGCCUGUGAAUGUCCGAGUCAUCGUUUCUGUGAACGUGGAGACGUGCCCUGCAGCAUGGAGGUUGUGGCCUACAUUGCACCUUGAUCCUUUAAACCCCAAAGAUGCAAAAUCCAUUAUAACUGCCGAAUGCCACUCUGAAGAUGUUACAUUGACUCAGGAGCAGGAGAAACAGGUAGAACAGCACUGCCGCUCCGCGACAACCUGCAACGCCCUUUACGUCACCCUUUUGGGCAAAACGAUGGCAAGUGCUGGGAGGGCAGGCCAUCUGGACAGGACCCUCCACCAGUGUCUCCAGUGUCAGGACACCGUCUCGCUGUACAGACUUGUCCUGCGCUCCAUCCAGGAGUCGCUGCCCAGCGAUGUGGACAGAGAGCUGAUGAGACAGGUCCUCUGCCUGGUUGGUGUUAGUCACAACGGGUUGAGUGAGUCUGAGCUGAUGGAACUGUACCCUGAGAUGUCCUGGGCUGUCUUGACCUCCCUUAUUCACAGUUUACACAGAAUGUGUCUGCUGACGUACGGAUGUGGCUUGCUGAAGUUUCAACAUCUGCAGGCAUGGGAAGCAGUGAGACUGGAGUUCAUGGAGGAUGCCACCGUUAUUUCUUCAUUUAGGCAAAAGCUGAUCAGCUAUUUCACCUCACAGCUCAGCCAGGACCAGGUGACCUGGAGAAGUGCGGAUGAGCUCCCGUGGCUCCUCCAGCAGCAGGGGAAUAGACAGAAGCUGCAUGACUGCCUGCUCAACCUCUUCGUGGCCCAAAACCUGUACAAAAGAGGACACUUUGCCGAGUUGCUGAGUUACUGGCAGUUUGUUGGCAGAGACAAAAGUGCAAUGGCGACGGAAUAUUUUGACUCACUGAAGCUAUAUGAGAAAAACUGUGAAGGCGAGGAGAGCCUGACCUGCUUAGCUGACCUCUAUGAAACCCUGGGCCGAUUCCUCAAGGACCUGGGCCUGCUCGGUCAGGCUGUGGUGCCUCUGCAGAGGUCCCUCGAAAUUCGAGAAACAGCCCUAGAUCCUGACCACCCACGAGUAGCCCAGUCCCUGCACCAGCUAGCAAGUGUGUACGUGCACUGGAAGAAAUUUGGCAACGCAGAACAGCUGUAUAAGCAGGCCUUGGAAAUCUCAGAAAACGCCUAUGGCGCAGACCAUCCACAGACUGCCCGAGAACUUGAGGGCCUUGCAACUUUGUACCACAAACAAAAUAAAUAUGAACAAGCUGAGUAUUUUAGGAAAAAAUCCUCUAGAAUUCGUCAGAAAGCCAUGAGGAGAAAAGGCAACUUGUACGGGUUUUCCCUCUUGCGAAGACGGGCCCUGCAGUUAGAAGAGCUGACCUUGGGCAAGGACACACCCGACAAUGCCCGGACCCUCAAUGAACUGGGUGUUCUCUACUAUCUUCAGAAUAACCUUGAAACAGCUGAGCAGUUUCUGAAGCGCUCCUUAGAAAUGAGGGAGCGCAUCCUGGGAGCAGAGCACCCUGACUGCGCCCAGUCCCUGAACAACCUGGCCGCGCUGUGCAAUGAGAAGAAGCAGUUCAGCGAGGCCGAGGAGCUUUACGAACGCGCGUUAAACAUCCGCAGACGGGCGCUGGCUCCGGACCACCCUUCCCUGGCAUACACAGUGAAGCAUCUUGCCAUCUUGUAUAAGAACAUGGGAAAACUUGACAAAGCUGUGCCUUUGUAUGAACUGGCAGUUGAAAUUCGACAGAAAUCCUUUGGCUCAAAGCACCCUAGUGUAGCUACUGCCUUGGUGAAUCUAGCAGUUCUUUAUAGCCAAAUGAAAAAGCACGUCGAAGCCUUGCCAUUGUAUGAGAGAGCAUUAAAGAUUUAUGAAGAUAGUUUGGGGCAGAUGCAUCCUCGAGUUGGAGAAACAUUAAAAAAUUUAGCUGUGCUCAGUUACGAAAAAGGGGAUUUUGAAAAAGCUGCCGAGCUGUACAAAAGAGCAAUGGAAAUCAAAGAAGCAGAAACAUCGGUUCUGGGUGGAAAAGCUCCUUCAAGGCACUCAUCAAGUGGAGACACAGUCAGCUUAAAAACAGCUCCUUCUCCUAACGUUUUCCUGCCUCAAGGGCAGAGGUGACAGGGCAGUGACAGUUCUCCGCAAAUGUGUCUAAGACAAACAUUUGGAACAUUGGAAUUUGAAAUUUUUAUGUGUUUUAAGAAAUUUUAUUUUUCUCACUUAAUGUUAUUCAACCAGCAUUUGUAUGAAAUCGUAUUGGAUUACAUUGAGUUAUGAUAGUGUAUAAGUGGACUGAAGGAAUUUUCCUAUCACACGAGCUCCGAGGGGUAAGCAGAACCUUCUAAGGUGACAUGAGGGGUGGCCUGCUCUAUUCUACCGGAGCUGGGGAGGAAGCUGAUGCGGUUUAAAACUGUGACUCUCAGCCGGGCGUGGUGGCGCACACCUUUGGUCCUAGCACCUGGGAGGCAGAGGUAGGAGGAUCACCGUGGGUUUCAGACCACCCUGUGACUACAUAGGGAAUUCCAGGUCAGCCUGGAUCAGUGAGACCCUACCUCAAAAAAACAAACAAAAAAUCCCCCUGUGAUUCUUUUCACCUCUCAAGAACUUUAGACUUGCCAUUCAUUCCUUAUGGUCUUGACGUUCAGCAACGGCCUGGCCCAAUUUUCUACCUCCAAGGAAAGGCUCGAGAAUUAAAGGGACAUUUAUGAAAGGUUUGAACUAUCUUCAAUGAGACAAACUGUAAUUCCUGACUACCACCUAUUUUUUUGCUUGAGAGGGAAAAUCUGGUUAUGUAGUCCAGGACGGCCUGGAGCUUAUGAUCCUCUGGAAUACAGGCAUGCACCAUCAUGCCCGGCUUUUUAAAAAGUUCAUGUAUAUGUGUGUGUACAUACAUGUGGAGGCUGUAGGACAACUCUUUUGAGACAGGGUCUCUGAUUGGCCUGAAGCUUACCAAUCAGGCAAGACUAACUGGCCAGUGAGUUCCAGGGAUCCUCCUCUACCGCCUCAGAGCUGGGAUGAUAGGUACCCACUACUACGGUUCCAGGAAUCACUUAGAUCCUGCAGGCACUUUACUAACUGAGCUAUCUCCCCUGCCUUGUGUCUUUUACUCUACUUUCCCCUAAGAUGGGCCCAGCACCCUGCUUUCCCUGUUGUCUUUGCCAGUUUGUCACUGUUGUAUUUACACCCAUCUGGACGGUGUCUGAAGUCAUCCGUGCAAAAGGAUGCAAGCUCUUCUGCAUUCUCUGACCAGUCAGUAGCAGACAUGAGCCAGGCCUGUGGUAAAGGCCUGCAACCCCAGCAGCAUGGGAGGUUGAGGCAGUAGGAAUAUAAAUUCAAGGCCAGCCUGGGCAACAUAGUGAGACCCUUUCAGAAAAUAAAGAAAAAGAGAGGUAGAAAUAUAGCUCAGAAUGCUUGCCUCUGGGUUCAAUCCCAGCACUGGAGAAGAAAAAGAAAAGGACUUGACAGUCUCCUUUCUUAAAUGGCCUAAGUCAGUCUUGAUUUACCUCAAAGUCAAUUAGUGGCCAAUUGAUAGUGAAAAUUUGGUAUUUUUAUAUGUUUUAUAAAGCUACAUUUGGAUACUGUUUUUACCAUUUGUGUAUUUAUAGUAAAAUCUUCACCAAUUUUUAAUUCUAAGAUUCUAAUAGGUAUUAAUUGUACAGAUUGAAGAUGUGAAAAUGAUGUCAUGGGUUUAAAAUAAAAGUGCACUUUCAA